CGGAUCUUUGCGCGACUGACUGCUGGGGUACACUGGCCCUUGUGCACCAUGGCUUCUCCUAAUAAGGCGGUUAUUGUUCCCGGGAACGGAGGAGGGGAUGUGGCUACCCAAGGCUGGUAUGGCUGGGUGAAAAGGGGGCUGGAGCAGAUACCUGGUUUCCAGUGUUUGGCUAAAAACAUGCCUGACCCAAUUACAGCUAGAGAGAGCAUCUGGCUGCCCUUCAUGGAGACAGAGCUGCACUGUGAUGAGAAGACCGUCAUCAUAGGCCACAGUUCGGGGGCCAUUGCGGCCAUGAGAUAUGCAGAAACACAUCAAAUAUAUGCUAUUGUUUUAGUGUCUGCAUAUACAUCAGACUUGGGGGAUGAAAAUGAGCGUGCAAGUGGAUAUUUCAACCGCCCCUGGCAAUGGGAGAAGAUCAAAACCAACUGUCCUCACAUUGUGCAGUUUGGCUCCACUGAUGAUCCUUUUCUUCCCUGGAAAGAACAACAAGAAGUGGCUGAUCGGUUGGGAGCCAAAUUGUACAAAUUCACUGAUCGUGGCCACUUUCAGAACACAGAGUUUCAUGAACUGGUUAAUGUGGUAAAGUCUAUGUUGCAAGUACCAGCGUAAACAAGAUCAUUUUUACUAUUCUGCAUACUAAUGUAGAGGUAGAGCAAUUAUCAUAUUAUUAAUAAAUAAUAAUCUAUUAUACGGUAAUUACUAUACACAUAAUAAAACAGAUCAAAUUAAAUUCCAAAAUACCUAAAAACAGAGUGUUCACACUGUUAGAACACUUGCAUUUCUGUAGAAUCUCCAUCUACCCAAAUGUAUCGACUAGCGCAGUAAUUUCUCAGUUGAUAAUUGACAUAAAGGUAGGCUUAACACACUUACCAAUUCAAAAUGAAUAAAACAGAAGUGGAACCCAGGUUUCAUGACUUGACUCUUUGGUCCAGAUUAAAACCAAACAGUUUUCGUAUAUAUUACAGGAAUUAUACUUAUGCUUCUUUUAAAAUAAAACUUUUCUAUUCUAUUGGAAGAAUAAAACCCAAUUCCAGAGUUGGCUUAGAAUGUAAAACACUAGCAGUUUCAGGCUAGCCCAGAAUAUUAAACCCAGACCAGGGCCUUCACUUUUGACACUUACCCCCAAUCCUUCAAAUAUGUUGAGAGUAUGGUUCAUCAGGAUUCUGUGAAUUGAAUGCAGAAAUCAGGCAUGGCCUGCAUAGCUGACUACAUGUGUCUAAGACAAGGGUGGUUGAGGGGAAAUGUAGAGAUCUCAUGCCCUGUCUGAAUUGUUGCCAUAUACAAAUGUUGCAAGGUGUUGCCAAUUUUCUGAAUUUUUGUGAAAAAGAAAAAAACUUCAUAGUGGUUUUUGUAUUCAGAGAAUAUAUAUUAAGUAUAUACAACCCCUAUGUAUGUGAAUUAUAUCCAUUCUAUAUACAGGUAGAUUAAGUUGGCAACUUCAGUGUUAAAUCAAAAAUUUACAAACACAGCAAGACACACAGUCCAAGACAUCCAUUGGUCUGUGCCAUAAGUAUUAACUUACAUACUUUCAAUGAUUCUCUAUAAAGCCCAAGAAAUAUAGUACUAAAGGAUGAAGUCAUGGCAA